AUGCAAGUUAUUCUUCUACCAUCAUCAAUUCUUCAUAAGAACCAAUACGAUUCAAUACCGCGUACGUUAUUAAACGAUGAAGAUGACCAUAAAGUUCAUUUAUUUAUCAAAGCCGGCCGCGACGGUCGAUCAAAAGGUGCAUGCCCUUUUUGUCACGAUGUAUUUCUUAAACUAUUAAUAAAAUGCGAAGCCGACAAUGAUUUUAGUUUCGAUGUUAUAACAAUUAAUUGUAAAAAUCCACCAAAAGAAUUUAAGGAAAUAUCAAAAAAAUUACCAACACUAGUUCAUGGUGAUACUGUUUUAAACGAUGUCGACGAUAUUGAAGAUUAUCUUGAUUCAUCAUUUCCCAAUAAUAAACUAUCAUUGAAAGAUCCUGAAGCUUUCAAAAUUCAAUCAAAUGUUUUCACACGUUUUACUUAUUUAAUUAAAGAUGUUACAAAUAAUUCACAAUUACUAAUAGACGAACUGGACAAAAUCAAUGCAUUUCUUCGACAUCGAGGAACAAAAUAUAUGUGUGGAAACGAAAUAACAAGUCUCGAUUGUUCGUUAUGGCCUAAAUUACAACAUAUCCGUGUAGCUGCUUAUUAUAUUCUUCAUUUGUCGAUUCCAACUGAAUUCUCAGCAUUAUGGCAAUAUCUUGGUUCAGCAUAUGAACACGAAGCUUUUGUUAAAUCUUGUCCGUCGGACCAAGAAAUUGUUUUACAUUGGAUUCGACGUGAAACUUCUCCAAAAGAGUAUUUACAACUAACAAAAGAAGAACCAAAAUAUUCUCUUGAUAUACCUUCAAUAGGUUAUGUUCAUUAUAAAUAG